CAAAAACCACAAAAUGAAGCAGUUCGAUCCCUCGUUAGCUCUUGUUUGUAUCAUCUCUAUAGCCCUAAUCUUUUCAUCUCAUGCCCAGGACACACAACAAGACUAUCUUAAUGCACACAACUCAGCCAGAGGAGAUGUUGGCCUCGGACCCCUGACCUGGGAUGACAAGGUUGCAUCCUAUGCACAGCACCACGCCAAUCAACACAAAAGUGACUGCAGCCUUGUGCACUCUGAAGGCCCUUAUGGCGAGAACUUGGCAUGGAGCAGUGGUGACUUAUCAGGAACAGAUGCAGUAAAAAUGUGGAUAGAUGAGAAGCCUUACUAUGAUUACAAUUCUAAUUCCUGUGCUUCAGGACAGAUAUGCGGGCAUUACACUCAGGUCGUUUGGCGCAGUUCUGUUCGAUUGGGAUGUGCUAAGGUUAGUUGCAACAAUGGAGGAACAUUCAUCGGAUGCAACUAUGAUCCUCCUGGUAACUAUAUUGGGCAGAGACCUUACUGGUGAUGGAUGGCUAUUAAAAUUAUUUGUUUAGUGGAUAAUUUCCUGGAAUUUACCUUGUGAAAGCUAAUGAAAUCUGCAUUACCUACUAAAGUUUUUGAUUGAUACCCUGUAAAUCAUAUAUAUGCCAUUAGGCUAGCAGGGCAAUUGGAGUGCUUAUUUUGCCAUAUGAUUCUGAUGUCUGUGGUGCAUCUCUUGUUUCUUUGCAGGCAAAUUUGUUUUAUUGUAUAAUU